AUCCAAGACCUAGGCGAUUUCCUCCUUGGAACCAGUUUCCUGUCUGGCAGUGAUUUCUGCUCAACUUCUUCAUCAACAAAGUUGGAAGAAAUUAGUAUUCUGUUGGUUCAGUUUCUGUAAAAAUGUCUGUUCCAUUGACGCCUUCGAAGAGACCAUACGAUCGGAAUCCUGGAGAGUUAAAUGGUAGAGGGAAAUGGCAAAAAUUAGCAGCUUCUGGUUCAGAGAAUUCUACAUUGAGAGGACCCCCAGUUAGCAAUAUUAUACGUUUACUCUGCCCAGCUUCCAAGAUUGGUGCUGUAAUUGGAAAAGGUGGGGGCGUUAUAUCUCAGAUACGUCAGGAAACACGGGUAAAGGUCCAGGUUGAGGAUACUUAUCCUGGAUGUGAUGAAAGAGUCAUUGUUAUUGUAGGCUCAGAUAACGAAAAUGAAGUUGGCAGUGGACACAGCAAGGCAGCAGAUGGUGAGGAGGCUAACACCAACGGAAAGGGUGAUGAGGGUGGGGACAUAGAUGGACAUGGAGAAGUUGGGGACACAGAUGAGCAUGGAGAAAAUGAUGAAGAUAAGCAGUCUGUCCCAGUUGAGGAUUCUCAAUCAGAAAAUGUAGUUUCAUCUGUUCACAAAGCUCUGUUACUUGUGUUUGAAAGGAUCAUUGAUGGAGAAUUAGAGACGGAUGGAGGGGAUGAUGGGGGUAAUAAGGUUCCCUCGUCUGUUGUGAGGUUACUUGUGUUCUCCAGUCAAGUAGGGUGCCUGCUAGGAAAAGCUGGUAGUGUUAUAAAACAGAUGUCUUCAGAAAGUGGAGCACAGAUUCGAAUCCUUCCGCGGGACAAACUGCCUUCUUGUGCAUCUUCUUCAGAUGAGCUAGUUCAGAUUUCUGGAGGUCUUGAUGCUGUUAGAAAAGCUCUUCAAGCAGUUUCCCAGCAACUACUUGAACAUCAUGUUCGCGAUCAGGACUCUCUCUCUUCAGAUCCCAGGGGGCCCUCAUCUUCUUCCUUUGGUCCUUCUCCGAGACAGGACGCAUUUCAAUAUUCAAAACGUCCUCUCCGUGGACACGGGCCACCACAUUCUUCUAGACGUCGUGGUGAUGAAGCUGGAUUUCUAGGCAGGAUGAAUCCUUCUCCAGAUUUAGUUAGCUUCCGGUUAUUGUGUCCGGAUGAGAAGGUGGGUGGGAUAAUUGGAAAGGGAGGAACUAUAGUCAAUGCACUUCAGCAUGAAACUGGCUGUGAGAUCAAAGUCCUGGACCGUGUAGCUGAUUCAGAGGAUCGCAUAAUUGUCAUUUCUGGCCCAGCUUACCCAGAUGAAAGAAUAUCUGCCCCACAAGAUGCAGUACUUCGUGUACAAUCAAGAAUAUAUAGGGCUGCACCAGAAAGCAACGAGGAUACAUUGUUGGCAAAACUUCUUGUCUCCUCUAAUCAAAUUGGAUGUCUCCUUGGCAAGGGUGGUGCUAUUAUUGCUGAAAUGAGGAAAUCAACUGGAGCUUAUAUCCGUAUACUGGGGAAAGAUAAAAUCCCAAAGUGUGCUUCAGAAAAUGAAGAAGUAGUUCAGAUAAAUGGAGAUUUCGAAAGAGUUGAAGAGGCUCUUUUGCAGAUAACUGCAAGAUUGCGAGAUCAUUAUUUUCGUGAUGCAUUUCCUUCUAGGCAUCACCCUCCUAAUCCAGGCUUUCUGGACCAAACACCUCAGUUUCCUUCAUACAUGGGAAGGAGAGAGCUUUCUCCUUCAGGGAUGUUCUCUUUGGGUCCAUCUUUUCACAAGUUCGAUGCAAAUGUUGGCCUUCCACCGCGUGGUGGCUUCCAUCCCCAUAAUGAUCGCCCUCCUUUUGCUCAUGAUUUUCAUAGACCUGGCAUGCCUCCUCACGUUUCUGAAAGAAUGCCAUCUGCAGCACCAUGGGGACCUCAGGGGGUUAUUGAAGACGCUGGGCUAAUAGGCUUCCCGGAUUAUCCAGGAGCUCCUCAGAGAAGACUUGGUGGAUUUGGAGGAGGAAAUCAUCCAGCUAUUAUCACCAGCACAACUGUGGAAGUUGUCGUUCCUCGCUCUGUUGUUCCUGCAAUCUAUGGAGAGGAUGGUGAAUGUCUUGGACAAAUACGUGAGAUUUCUGAUGCAAAUAUUACCAUCACCGAUACCAAACCCGGAGCGACAGAAACAGUCAUCAUAAUUUCUGGGACGCCUGAGCAGACCAGUGCAGCACAGAGUCUCAUUCAAGCAUUUGUAAUAAGCGAGACCGAUACAUCUUGAUCUUUGAUAGAGGUGAAACAGUGAUUGAAGAAUGUGGAACUUCCUACUUUAUCGUGUGGUUACAGCUUAGCAUAUUCGAAGUUUUACUAGGAAAAAACUUGACAUUGCUAUUUAUCUUAUCUGGUGGUAAAAAUACCUGCCCAGUAUCAAUACAAGGUAGCUUCCUGAUCAAGUUGUACUUUGGAUUGCAGAAGCUUUUAGCUUAUGUUUUUAAAUGGAUCAAGAAUUUUGUGGGGAUGGGAAGAAAAAAAAGUUACAUGUCUUACCCUCAUUGCAUGGUGUAGUAUAUGUGUAUUUUCUAUGAUGCAGACGAGCUCUAAAUGGCCCUGUUUACUUAGUUUCUACAUUGGGAUUUUGGAAGACAUUGGAGGUCUCUUUUGGAACAUUUUCAUGUAUGUUUUCCGUCCUCCAUCUUCCAACAUAUAUAUGAAUUCACCAAUUGAAAAACAGACUGCAUUUUUUA